UCACCAAUAUAAGAAUAACUUAUCGUCAUAAAUCGCAAAAUAUAUAUUUAUAUACGCACAUACUUCCAUAUCAAUCUCUAUUCAAUCAUUUAUCAAUAUGUCCUGCAUACAACUCAAAGCUACACUCUUAAAGUUCAGCAACAAGUGUGCUGAAACCCUUGGAAUGAAAUCAAAAACUCCUAAACCUUUAUCUAUAAGUGCACCCUUCAACUUUCAAGAAGGCCCAGCGGUAAAUCUCCCCGGUUAUUCCGAGGAUGAAAUAUCACUCAUGAAAGAAAAAGCUAUUGCGUCAACAGCCGUCGUUUCCGAUAAUCACUAUGCGAACUUAAAUCGAUGUUACGAUUCAGAUAUCUCGGAAUCACACUCGAGAACGGGAUCUCAUGGGUGUGGGAUUGGGAGGAGUGUGGUCUACCAUGCGAGGAGAGCUAGUAAAGGGUGUAUGUAUGGGAAUUGAGAUGGAUGGGUGGUGAUGCAGAUUGAUUGGUUGGCUG